AUGCUUAUCGACGGAGGAUAUUGUCAUAUUGGUUUUUGACUUAGAAUAGUCUAUGGUUUAGACUGCAUGCAAUUUUCUUUUAGAAUUUUCGAGCAUAACGAGUAAAAAUAUCAUGCUCUUUGUGCAGAUAACUAAUUAUAUAAGGCCCUCAAAUAAUACCUUAAUCUAACAUACUUUGCUGUUUAGUGCUUCCUCAGUUCACUUUCAUUGCAAUACUUAAGUUUUUAGAAUUAUAAUCCAUGGCACCACCUACCACACUUACAUCACUAGCCGAAGAUGGUAAAGUUGAAAAUAGGUUCAUAGUGGACGAAGAUGAACGUCCUAAGGUUGCAUAUAACCAAUUUAGCGACGAAAUCCCGGUGAUCUCCCUCGAUGGAAUUGAGGACGAUUCACCAGGAGGACGAAGAGAGGUUAUAUGCAAGAAGAUAACUCAAGCAUGUGAAGUGUGGGGGAUGUUUCAAGUGGUGGAUCAUGGAAUUGAUCCUAAACUUGUGCACAAUAUGGCUAGCUUGUCUAGGCAAUUUUUUGCAUUACCCGCUGAAGAGAAAUUGAGGUAUGAUAUGAAGAAUGAGUUCCAUAAAGGUGGUUUUCUUGUAUCAAGUCAUCUCAAGAAUGAAGUAGUAGCAAAUUGGCGUGAAAUGAUGGCGUUCAUACCAUACCCAGUAAAAGACAUAGACUACACAAGGUGGCCUGAUCAGCCCAAAGAAUGGCGGGCCGUAACUGAAGCCUAUAGUGAGAAAAUGAUGGGUCUUGGAGCCCAACUUCUAGGGGUCUUAUCUGAGGCAAUGGGCCUAGAAAGGGACGCCAUAAAAAAGGCUUGUAAAGAGAUGGCCCAACGAAUGUCAGUAAAUUACUACCCAGAAUGCCCAAAGCCCGAUAUUACAGUUGGACUUACAAGACAUUUUGAUCCGAGCACAAUCACUAUUCUUUUACAAGAUGAGGUCGGUGGACUUCAGACUACUAAGGAUGAUGGGAAAAAUUGGAUCACAGUUCAACCAAUUGAAGGGGCUUUUGUUGUCAACCUUGGUAACCAUGCAUACUAUCUUAGCAACGGAAGAUUCAAGAGCGCAGAUCAUCGAGCAGUGGUGAAUUAUAAGCGUAGCCGAUUAUCAAUUGCGUCAUUCAUAAAUGGAGACAAAGAGUCGAUUGUGUAUCCCCUUAAGAUCGAAGAGGGAAAGAAGGCAGUUUUGGACGAGCCUAUGACAUUUGCUGAGAUGUAUAGGAAGCAUUUUAUUGACCAACACUACAAAAAAAUCCAUUUUUCGCAACAACGUUUUGGCAAUGACAUAAAAGUUGUUGCUAAAAAUGCGCUUUAGCAACGACAAAGUUGUUGCAAUAGAUAAGUUUUCAUUUCCCUCCCCCAAUUACAUAAGCGCGGGGUUUGGAACAUUCUAGGUCCUUUUAUAACAACGAUUCAAGUUGUAGCUAAUUUUGUCUAUAAUUAUUGCAACGACUUUGCAUCGUUACUUAUGUUUAUACAUGUCUAUUGCAA